GGGGCCUGGAGGGAGGAGGCGGGGCCUCGGCGCGGGCGCGGCCGGAAGUGGCGGCGCGGGCACCCGGCGUCGGCGAUGGGGACGUCCCUGGACAUUAAGAUUAAGCGAGCCAACAAGGUCUAUCAUGCCGGGGAGGUGCUCUCAGGGGUGGUGGUCGUCUCCGGGAAGGACGCAGUGCAGCACCAGGGCCUGUCCCUGACUGUCGAGGGCACCGUGAACCUCCAGCUCAGUGCCAAGAGCGUGGGCGUCUUCGAGGCCUUCUACAACUCCGUGAAGCCCAUCCAGAUCAUUAACAGCACCAUGGAGAUGGUGAAGCCGGGCAAGUUCCCCAGCGGCAAGACGGAAAUCCCCUUCGAGUUCCCCCUGCACGUGAAGGGCGGCAAAGUCCUGUACGAGACCUACCACGGCGUGUUCGUCAGCAUCCAGUACACCCUGCGUUGUGACAUGCGGCGCUCUCUGCUGGCCAAGGACUUGACCAAGACCUGUGAGUUCAUCGUCCACUCGGCCCCGCAGAAGGGAAAGUUGACCCCGAGCCCCGUGGACUUCACCAUCACCCCUGAAACCUUACAGAACGUCAAAGAGCGCGCCCUGCUCCCCAAGUUCCUCAUCAGGGGCCACCUCAGCUCCACCAACUGCGCCAUCACGCAGCCGCUGACGGGUGAGCUGGUGGUGGAGAGCUCGGAGGCGGCCGUGCGCAGCAUCGAGCUGCAGCUGGUGCGCGUGGAGACGUGCGGGUGCGCGGAGGGCUACGCCCGCGACGCCACCGAGAUCCAGAACAUCCAGAUCGCGGCGGGCGACGUGUGCCGCGGCCUCCCCAUCCCCCUGUACAUGGUCUUCCCGCGGCUCUUCACCUGCCCCACACUGGAGACCACCAACUUCAAAGUGGAGUUUGAGGUGAACGUGGUGGUGCUGCUCCAGGCCGACCACCUCAUCACUGAGAACUUCCCGCUGAAGCUCUGCCGGGUAUAGCCGGGGCCGGGACAGGAAGAGGUGCCAGCGACGUACCCCAGCACCGA